AUGGCGAACUCUGCGUCCGGCCUGGCGGUGAACGACGAGUGCAAGGUGAAGUUCCGGGAGCUGAAGGCGCGGCGGAGCUUCCGGUUCAUCGUCUUCAGGAUCGACGACAAGGACAUGGAGAUCAAGGUGGACCGCCUCGGCGAACCAAACCAGGGCUACGGCGACUUCACCGACAGCCUCCCCGCCGACGAGUGCCGCUACGCAAUCUACGACCUCGACUUCACCACCGUCGAGAACUGCCAGAAGAGCAAGAUCUUCUUCUUCUCCUGGUCCCCUGACACUGCACGUACCCGGAGCAAGAUGCUGUACGCCAGCUCCAAGGACAGGUUCAGGAGGGAGCUGGACGGCAUCCAGUGCGAGAUCCAGGCCACCGACCCCAGCGAGAUGAGCCUCGACAUCGUCAAGAGCCGGACCAACUGA